AUGUCUAGCCUUUUAUUUCUGUUUCUAACCGUACUGCAGGUAUGGCUGGUGAGCUCAUGGAUGCCGAUGCUCCACCUUGGGCAUCCUAUGACAGCUAAGAAUGAGCUCAAUCUUACGGGUUUUGCGAGUCAAGGUGGAUUCGGUGGAAGAGAAGCUUACUUGAAGCAAAAACUCGAUCAUACCCAAGAAGUCAAGGAAUGGUCUCAACGCUACUUCUUCAACAAUCGAUAUUACCGAAAAGGCGGGAAUGUCGCUUUCUUGAUGCUGGGAGGAAUGGGAGUUCUGGACAUCGGAUGGGUGACCAAUGAGAAAAUUCCAUUCGUACAAAUGGCAAAAGAGAGAGGAGCUAUGAUGUUCGCUUUAGAGCAUCGCUUCUAUGGAAAGAGUCGUCCGACAGAUGAUCUUUCCGUGAAGAACCUCAAAUAUUUGACCAUUGAACAGGCAAUUGGGGAUAUCAAAACUUUCAUCAAAGCAAUGAAUAAAAAGCAUAAUCUCAAGGAUGCCAAAUGGAUCGUGUUUGGCGGAUCGUAUGCUGGUUCCCUAGCACUAUGGGCUCGAGAGAAAUAUAAGGAUGAAAAUCUAAUCGCUGGAGCAGUUGCAAGCUCGCCAAUUAUGAGGCCGAAGUUCGACUUCUGGGGAUGAGACCUCGUUUCUUGACUCCCGAUCUCCGAAAUGUACAGCUGCUUAAUUCGAUUCAGCUGAACAACUUCAUAUCAGCGGUACAAUUCAGAGGAGGCCCAUAUAUGCAAAAUGGUACCCACUCAUACAACCUGAAACAGCUAUGUGAAAUCAUGAACACUGAAACCAUCGAUCAACUAACUGCUCUGGAACGAGUCAGUAAUAUCAGAAAUCUACAAAGUAAGUACUUGAACGACAUGGGAAAAUACACACCAGUGGAUUUCGAUGCUCUAAUGAAGUACCUUCUUAAGAAAGAUUUCGAUGAGGAAGGUUGGGCAUCCGUUGAUCGUGCGACAUUAUGGCAGAGGUGUACAGAACUAGGAUCGUUCCCAACAACUGACGGUGCUAUAAAUAGCAUUUUCGGUUCGCUUGUCUCCAUAGAGGCACAAAUGUCGUGAUUGCCAAUGGCGGAUCCGACCCGUAUCACUUGUUAAGCAAACUUUCAUCAAGAGAUCCCACCGUUGUUACGUACCUUAUUGAGGGUGGUUCCCAUUGUGGUGAUAUGUUCCCCUUCGAAUUCAACAACUCACCCACUGCUGCACCAGGAACAAAGCUGAUUCAUCUGCUAACUGCUCAAAAUAUCGACAACUGGAUUUCGGGUGUUCCGAGUCCAUUCCACAUCGAUAAAAAAGAGCCAGAAAAACAGUUAGCGAAGCUAGAAGUAUCCGCGAUGCCCGCUAUGCCGCUUCCCUCUCCGUCUUCGAACGGAUUGAAAAACAGGUUUAGCGUUUUCAAAAGACAGUCCGCACAAGCUGUCGAAACUCAGCUAACACCCAGAGAAAUGGAUAUACUUCAGCGUGUGCGCCUGAGUAGGCCCCCACACGGAUUCGUCCCUAAUCUGGACACGGAUCAUUAGCCCUGUGGAUGCGUAAGCUCUUCCCUAAUCUCGUCCAUGGAGCUGUUGGUUCAUCGGCACCUCUUGAAGCGAAGCUGGACUACCAUGAAUAUUACCAAGUGGUCGAAGCAUCCAUCCGGGGAUACAGCGAGGAUUGUGCGUAUGCCAUAGGAGAGGGCUUCGAGGAUAUUCAUGAGAAAAUGCUUACGGAACGUGGAAGGGAAGAAAUAUCAAAAACAUUCAAGCUCAACCCUCCAUGGGAUGAUGUCUCCGAUGUUUUCGAAAUAGACAAGCAGUUCUUCUUCUGGAACCUUAUGGAGCAGUUUACGGCCGCCGUCCAGUACAGUGGAGAUAACACAGGGGGAUAUGCUGAUGGCCACGGAAUUCCGGAUUUGUGCAAAAUCAUGACCAACGAAAGUUGGACGCCCAUUGCAAGAAUCGCCCAGUUUAACGAAUACAUGACGAGAUUCUUCACGGUGAGCAUUUUAGUUAUUGCAUUUAUUGUUCUAAGCACUAUCUGCAAUAAAAAUCCCUUACUGAAAUUCUGA